CGCCCAGGUGUACUGACAUUCAGUUUUGCCCACGAAACCAUUCAGCUGGCGGAGAUCUCCGUAGGUAACGGGAGAAAACCCUGGCGAGACAGUUCAUUCAAAAAUGGCCGCAAGCUGUUGUGGGGUGAAGAAGCAGAAGCUCAAUAAUUCUAUGCCAUCCAUAUGCUGCAACGGCUCAUCAGUUCAUCCAAACCCCCACAAAAAUGGCUACACUGUCGCCUCCGUGGAGAUGUGUUUCUUCUGUUUUGACGUCCUACACAGCCAUUUAUACAGUUAUGACCCACCCAAGAUUCCGUCGUUUACCAACGAUUCAUACCCUUUAUUUGUCACCUGGAAAAUGGGGCGUGACCGACGACUACGUGGUUGUAUAGGCACCUUUUCAGCUAUGAGCCUUCAUAAUGGUCUCAGGGAAUAUGCAGUCACUAGUGCCAUGAAAGAUAGCCGAUUUAGUCCAAUAACAAAAGAGGAUUUCCCCAAACUCCAUGUAUCUGUGUCUAUACUCACCCACUUUGAGGACGCCGGGGAUUUCCUGGAUUGGGAGGUUGGAGUUCACGGAAUCCGCAUUGAGUUUUAUAAUGAAAAGGGACACAAAAAAACUGCAACAUAUUUACCCGAAGUUGCAGUUGAGCAAGGUUGGGACCGUAUCCAGACAAUAGACUCGCUCAUGCGAAAGGGAGGUUACAAGAGCUCUAUAACUCACGAGGUGCGACGCUCCAUCCGCCUUACUAGAUAUCGCAGCGAAAAAAUCACCAUUAGUUACAGUGACUAUGUUUGUCAAAAACAAAAUGGCCAUGCAUGAUGAUGAGCCAUGCACACCCCCUGCCUGACCAGGCCUGGAACAUGUGACGCUCUGCUCAGAGGGCAGAGGGCAAGGGAGAGAAAUCUUGUAUGGCAUUGAGCGGUCUCCAUGGUGCAUUACCUCCCUUUUAUGCACUUGUCAUUGAAGAGUUGCUUUUGUUUUAAAUUAGACCUGGUAGCAUUCAGUCGAGUCUGAUGAGAUACUGUGGUUUUUAAACCUCAAGUAGAUAUUGUAGUGAUGAAAUGAGGUGUUUUAACAGAAAUGUCCUGUUUGCACGUUUUACAUGCAGUCAGCAGAUGGAGACUUUUUAACUGGUUUUGCACUUAGUUUGAGCAAGUUAGCAUGAGCAUUGAGAACAAUAUAUUCACACAAUUUUGCUAACAAGUUUUUAAUGCAAUGACAUCAGAGUGUGUAUGAUAUUUUACGGUUCUUUUUUUUUUUUAAACCCUUCAGCAUAUAUAUAUAUGAUUAGGAAGUUUAUGUAUGUAGUGUGUUUGUUUGUUUUUUUUAGUCAAGGGAGGUAAGUCAGUCGCCAUUCCACAAGCUGCAUCUGUAACGAUGGAACGCUCGUGUACAUCAGCAGUUGUAAUUCUCACAACAAUUAGCAUAGGUGGCGGAAUUGUGGAGGCUAGGGCUUCUAAGCACCCCCCUCCCUUUGAAAUUAAAGUGGGGGAGCUAAGCCCCCCUGAAAUAAUGUUUUUUUUUUCUAUAUACCAAAUGACGUCGGCUUAGCUGUUUGAGUAAAAAUAAAUAAUGUUUAAUAAAUAAAGGACAAUUUGCUGCAGUGCAGUUUAUCCCAGAUUUAUCACAAUUUUUUCCACUAGAAAUUGCUUAAAUGCGUCUCCAGCGAUAUAAAUGAGGAGAGCUUCCGGGACCUCGGGUGACCUCAGGACCCUCGCAUGAUGGGCCUGGAAACUACUGCCUCAGCCCCCACAAAUUUUAUAGCAUUCGGCCUUUCCUGGUGAAUGUCAACUGCUGUAGAGCAAACGUUCAGUUAAGUUGUUACAGCAAUGCAGCCUGCUGUAUUGACUCAAGAUUUGAUAAUGCAAACAGUCACAGAUGUUCCAGGCAAUUUCGUCAUGUGAAAUGUUUCUCCAUGCCAUAUCAUUAUCUCAUACAUCCCCCCUCCC